UUGUACCAGCACAAUAUAUUGCAUUUAUCAGAAAAAAGGCAACAUUCUUAACCUCUACGCCAACACUCCAUUCUUAAAAUUCACCUAUUAUGUACAUAAUCAACAAUCAACAUAGAAGAACACUCAUCAAUCAACACAUACAUAAACCAUGCACUCCAGAAUAACUGCACUUCUCUGGCUUUCAGCUAUUGGAAUUGCUCUUCUAUCCACCAUACAUACCAGUAACAUGUACAUACUAAGUACUAAAAUCUCUAAUUUCAAGCUCACAUUACUCGAGAUCGGCUUUAAGCCAUAUGAUUUCAUUAGCUAUAUCUUUUUACCCUUAGCUCCACCGCUUGCAUGUGAUGAAACCAAAUGGAAGUCUAGGCUGAUUUCAGAAUACGACGUUAAGCUCGUCUUGACAGUGGACUUAAAGGGAAGUUGCGCGAAUUUCAGCAGCAUACAGGAGGCUGUGGAUGUGGCUCCUGAUUUUAGCAACACAAGGACACUCAUCUUAGUCGGUUCAGGCACAUACAGUGAGAAAGUUUUGGUGAAUUCGAGCAAGAUAAAUCUGAUGAUCCAGGGACAGGGGUACCUUAACACCGCCAUUAUUUGGAACGAUACUGCAAAUUCCACAGGAGGUACUGCAAGCAGCUCAUCGGUUUCAGUCUAUGCAGAUAACUUCAUUGCUUACAAUAUCAGCUUUAAGAAGAAUACAGCUCCUCCACCAAAUCCAGGUGAAGUUGGAGCACAGGCAGUGGCACUUAGAAUUGAAGGAGAUCAAGCAGCAUUUUACGGCUGUGGAUUCUAUGGAGCACAGGACACCCUUAAUGAUGAUCGGGGCAGGCAUUACUUUAAAGAAUGUUUCAUUCAGGGAUCUAUAGAUUUCAUUUUUGGAAAUGCUAGAUCUCUUUAUGUGGAUUGCACUAUAAAUUCGAUUGCAAAAGAAGUGGAUGGUGGAACAAGUGGAUCGAUAACAGCACAAGCAAGGAACUCAGAGAAUGAAAACACAGGCUUCUCUUUUGUGGAUUGCACUAUUAGUGGGAGCGGAAGUGUUUGGCUUGGGCGAGCUUGGGGGAGAUAUGCAACCGUAGUGUUUGCUAGAACAUACAUGUCUUCAGUUGUCUCUCCUGAUGGAUGGAACGAUUGGCGAGAUCCCUCUAAAGAUCAGACUGUGAUGUUUGGGGAGUACGAGUGCCUUGGACCAGGAGCAGAUUCAGCAGCACGGGUGUCGUAUGGAAAGCAAAUGAAGCAAUCUGAAGCAGCUAAUUACAUGGACUUGUCAUACAUUGAUGGUGAAAAAUGGCUUCUGUCUCCCAAAAUGUUCUUAUGGACUUCUAUGUAAUUCAAGAAACAGAUCAUCCUUUUUAUAAGUAUAAAUUCACAAAGGAGUACUAAUUGUCAUA